AGCCAGCCAGCUUGGACAGCUCAGCCAGCAUGGCCCAUGGGCGCGGUCUGAGCCGAACUGAUGAGGACGCGAAGGAGAAGUCCUUGCUGGGCCAGUUAGUGUCGACGCUCGCGCUUGACAGGUACAUGCUGUUGUGCUGCAACGUGCAGCACGAGCACUCCUCAGUCAGUGGCGAGAUGAAGGUAGUGCAGCUCAUGAGCGAUGACACGGGUCUAGCCAAUCCCGUGCACCUGCUGACGGAGCAGGACUCAUUUGAUGUAACAGUUUCACCACGUGCGGGGGCCAUGGGGGAUUGGACAAAGCGCCUCCCAAUGACUCCGCGCCAGCACGACUUCAGGGAUCGCAUCCAGCUCCCGCGGCUGCUGCGUUAUCCUCUUCCACCUGACUGCUUGCCAGAUGAGCCAGAGGACAAGCGGCGUGCUGCGCUCCUGCAAGUUUUUCAGGACUUCGUCCUGGAUCUGCACAGGGGCAUGCACAUGACACAAAUUAGCUCUAGUCAGGAGUAUUCUGACAUCCACUGUCAGAUUUUGGAGGAUCUUCAAACUCUGAAGAUCGACCAAGGCAGUGGGUGCAUUAUCGAGUUUCCGCUGAUAGCGGUGUCCAAGGUGUACCGCAUUGUCAAGAACGAUGACCGCUGGUUCAGUGCCGGCAGCCUCACUGGGCCAACGCCCAUGCCGCCGCUGCCCCUGUCCAAUGCAGAGCACAUCGUAGUGGUCGAGUUCAUGAAGCGGAAACUGGCCUUUGUCUUUUGUGACAUUGUGGCCUCUCAACGCUUCUUGAUGUGCAUGGAGCUGCUGAUUCGGAGGGCCCAGGAGCAUGACGUGAGGCGGGCGCCAUGCGCAAUCAGCGCAAUGGUUGCCCAAGAAUACGGCCUCUUGAUCAAAAUGUGGACAGUCUGAUCCCCAUGUUUGCUGGGUCUCUGGGGCACAAGAAGCCUGGCGAGCGCUUUGCGCAGCCUAAUCGACCUGUGCCGGCAGAGGAGACCAGAGGUUUGUGCAGCUGCGACGUCAAGAGCGGCGCGGCUACGAGGAUGUAGCCAGAACUUGGCCAACGUCUCUGCGCGUGGAAUGGAUAGUGGUCAAAUUGGGCCCAGGAUGGAAGGAGUUCUGGGCCAGUGCUUAGAAUUGUUGUUGAUGCGGGUGGUGUUUGUUUGCAUUUGUGUUUGUUGUGUUUGCUCUAGCAAAUUUGGCGUGACGCUGAGCUGCUGAAAGUUGGCGGAGAAGAUUGCCGUGCUUGGCACGCGUGGCGUUGCCGUGACACGAAAGAGAACAUCAUGCGUUGCCAGAAUAGACAAUUCGAGUGGACCACCAUUGGCGUGGCCAGACCCAACGUUUGCCCAGUUCUCAGACCCCCCUUGUUUUGCCUUGGUCGCCGCUUUUGCAGUACGUCGCGCUUGUAGCGCAUGGUUUGCCUUUGCGUCUGCCAAGUCAAGCCCCCCUGCGGGCAGUACUUGAUGUGCCUUCACCAACAACCUGAGCCAAAUUACCGUGCGUGCUGUGCGCAGUGUAUUGCUGACUCCUUGCACAGUGCUGGCCGGAUGUGGGGCGUGCCGUGAAGUGUGC